UUCAUCUCCGCAGCUUUGGGAGAAAACUAUGUUAACUACAAAAGUAAAUAAUCAUCUGAUUCGUUAUCUUUAUAACCUGUUUAUAUCUAAUAUAUACAGGCUACCAUAGUUCAUCAAUUCCUGCUAAAAUUCAGGUUUUUAUUACAUUCACCAAAUAUGAUGAUGUUUUCGUUCUUUGAAGCUAUUUGGCUGCUGAAAUUGGAUUUUACUCUCUUGAUUCAUACUCGGACACCACGGCAUUGUAACCAACCAUGCUACUAAAUUGGGCAGCUUUCUUGUACUACACCACUGCAUUCUAAAAAAUUAUAUCAUCUGGAAGAAAAAUUCUUGGAACAUUCCAAUGGCUGAGGAUACUUUGUACAGACUAUGCAUGCAGACCGUUUACGAUCUCAUAGCAGCAAAAGUUUGGGACUCAAGUGCUCAGAAUCCAUUUUCUAAGUUCCAAUCCAAAGUUGUUGAAGAUUUGGUGGAUUUUGUUCGAUCUCAGCGAGGAUAUUCCGACGACAAGAACACCAUGGAAAAUUUGAUGCUGUUAUUCGCAAGUGGUCGGAUUAGAAAGUUCGAUGCCUUCCACUGGAAUUCUAAAAAGAACCAGACCUGGCUUCCGGGCAUACUCACCGAAAAUUUCUGUAAGAAUUUGCUUUCUCUCUCUCUUCCAAAGCAUUUUUAUGCCAUUUAUCCUGUCAAAUCUAUUCUUCCUUUUUGCCGUAACUUGGUUGAUGUACAUUUGCCAGUGUUUAUUGAUUUGGAAGUGUUUGAGAACUGUCCACAGUUGCAGAUUCUGAGGUUCCAUGCUUCCGACGACGAAAUAUCACAUUAUUUCCGACAAAAAACUGGUGACUUACCUUCGACGAUAAGAAAACUUCAAGUGUUUUCCGUCUGCAAUUGUCAAAUUCAUUAUGCUGUAACCAAAGAUAUCAUCGCGAAACUUCUUUUGAACUGCCCAAAUUUGGUUUCUGUUGGAUUUUGCAAUUCCUUGGACGCCUUUCAUUACAUUCGGGAAACUCAAGACGAAUUAUCUAAUCCAUUCCAACUUCGCAGAUGCUAUUGGGGAUUGAAAUACACUGAUUUUAUACCCACUCCAGAUAACCCAGAGUUUGAACGUUAUCAGUCUCAAUUUUCUCACAUGGUAAAAGUAGCGACUUCAUUGUGUUCGUCUCUUGAAGAAUUAGUGAUUGAUGUCUUCGAUAAUAAUUGUGUCCAACACUUGGUAAAACUGAAAAAUCUUAAAGUUCUUAGUAUUAGUUAUGAAGAUCCAUAUGAUGACAAUUACGUGCCUGCCUUUGUUUCGCUUCUCAGAGAAAUCGGUAAACAGUUAAGCCGCCUCAGUGUAACCGCGCAGGGACCUGUUCCUAUGGAUGUCAUAUGCAGAUAUUGCCCUUAUUUGGUCACACUGCGAAUACUUGGAAAGGUAACGAUUUCGAAUCGUUCAAAAAAGUGCAAACGCCUGCCUUUACUAAAAUCGUUAUGUGUUGAUGUAAUAGAUAAAGAAGAUCUUAAACUUUUCUUUCUUAACUGUCCCAAUAUGAAAGAACUUUUCGUCGGUACCGCCGUAGGUUUCGUCGACAGUUUUUGCGAGACCCUUUUGAAGAAAGAGGUAUACCCAAAGCUUGAAGUGGUGUCGAUAGAAACUUGUUCCCUUACGAAAAGAGGAUUACUGAAGUUUCUUAACGGUAUUCCCACUUUACAGAAGGUGAGUUUCGAAAUUUUAGGCGGAACGAGGGAGAAACCGAAGGAUAUCAUUAAACAAUGGAUUAAAAAAUCCAAGACAGAUGUUGAAGUUGAUGAGCGCCUGUACAGAACAGAAUUUUUUCGGCGUGAAACUCAUCCCUGUGUUUUUUAAAUUUAAAUUCUAUCAAAGAAAAUCCCGACAAGCCUGUAUCUCGAAAAAUCAAUAUUUAAAUCUAAAACGAU